AUGUCGCAGGUGCCGGCAGUGACAGCAUCGGUGGCGGCUUCGGGCUCCGAUAAAAACGCGACCUCUCCCGUGUCUAGUGGGACUCUUUCAUCGGCACCUGCGCCGGUGCUGAAGUUGAACAGCUGCGUCGUAUGCCGCCGCCGCAAGGUUCGCUGUGACAAGCAGUCCCCUUGCGCUAAUUGUCGCCGGGCAAAUAUCGCCUGUGUCUUUCCAUCGACCGACCGCCCGCCGAAAUGGGCUCGCCGCCUUGAACGCCUCACCAUCAAUGCUGCUGCAUCAAACACUCUGGCACUGCAGUCCGCCGACCCGGGCGUUAGUAAGGUCAUGAACAGACUACGGAACCUCGAGAACCUUGUCAAAGAGCUAAGCGGCCAGCUAGAACAGGCACAGCUGGAGGCAGCCGCCAGUUCGGCUGCUGGCUCAUCUGGACUCAACUCUCCUAGGAGGCCUACCCAAGAUCCUGACGCAGAGCACCAGAGGCACGCAUCACGCGACGCGAAUACCAAUAGUGUGCAGACGCAGUUUGGCAGGCUCGUUCUCCAGGAUGCCAGCCGCAGCCGUUAUGUGAGCAGCGGCUUCUGGUCUCGUGUCAACGACGAGCUUGAGGGGUUGAAGGUGGAUACCCGCGGCCUCGCAGGAGAUGAAUCCGACUCCUCCUCCGAUGAGGCCUCUCCUGGAAAGCCACCGCCGACCCAGGAACUUGAGCGGACACCUUUGGAACGCCAUGCAUUCCUGUUUCAACACAACUUGAGUCCUUCGGUUCGUGACCUUCGCGAGUUCCACCCACUACCGUCGCAGAUUCCGUUUCUCCUAGAUGUGUUCUCUGAAAACGUGAAUUUCAUCGUCCAGAUCGUCCAUAUCCCAACCGUUACUAAGAUGGUCCGCAAUUUACGCGGCAGUGAUAUGACGCUCCUUACGCCAUCCAAUGAAGCCUUGAUGUUCUCUAUCUACUACGCUGCUAUAACCUCCAUGGAGGAAGACGACGUCUUGACUAAUUUCAGUUCUUCCAAAACGGACCUGAAUCUCAAGUACCGUCUCGGCUUAGAACAUGCCCUUGCGAAAGCGGAUUUCCUCAACGCCCCUGACAUCGUUCUUGUUCAAGCACUUGCUAUUUUUCUCUGUCUCGUUCGCCGACACGACAGCCCGAGGUUCGUGUGGAUGAUGACCGGGCUCCUCAUCAGGAUGGCCCAGUACCUUGGGUUGCAGCGAGAUGGGUCCCAGUUCAAGCACCUGACUCCUUUUGAGAUUGAGAUGCGACGAAAGGUUUGGUGGGCUGUGUGCAUGCUGGAUUUGAGAGCAUCCGAGGACCAAGGGACAGACCUGACUAUCGCGAACGGCAGCUUUGACACGAAAAUUCCCCUGAAUAUCAAUGAUUCAGACAUUAGCCCCGAGUCAGAUCAGAUGCCCACAGAGCGCGAUGGUGUUACUGAUAUGUCGUUCGCACGCAUUUCUUGUGGACUAUGCGAUAUCAUGACGCAGAUGAUGGCCCGUCUAAAGGACGGUGCAGCAGGUCUAGAGGACCAAAGCCGUCUGCUGAAUGAGAUCUACCAGAAAUAUGAACAAGGUUACUUUCAGUACACGACGGAGUCGGGGAAUAUUGCCUAUUGGGUCGGAGUAACCAUCGCGCGGCUCGUCAUGGCCAAGAUGACGCUGAUUGUUUUUCUCCCUGUUCUCUUCUCCUCCCCAAGCGAACACUUCACGGACGAGAUAAGGACUAAAUUACUGAUCUCGGCAAUUGAGGUCGCAGAGUACAACCAUGAGCUGAACGCCGAGCAAGCAUGUCGGAAAUGGCGCUGGAUUUACCAAACGUAUACUCAUUGGCACGCCAUUGUGUACCUCCUAAUCGAAGUUUCCCGACGCCCUUGGUCACCUAUCGUCGAGAGAGCCUGGGUUGCACUCCACAGCAGCUGGCUGAUUCCUUCCCAAACCUCCAUGGACAAGAAUUUGCGCAUAUGGUUUCCAUUACGAAAGUUGAUGGCUAAAGCCCGCAAACAUCGCUAUACCGAGCUCAACCGGCUGCGCGCCGAUCCACAGGCCGCUGCCAGGCUGGAUAUGGAGGAGCAGAAAAUCCCAUUACCGUCGAGCUCUGGGUCGUUACCACCCCGGUCCAGCAACAGCAUCUUCCGUGAACGGUGGCGCAACCUCGUGGCUAUACCAGAAGGACCCCGAGAUGGCACACACACUGCUGUAACCUCCGGCGCAGAGCUUUCCGACUCGUCGAUGCUUAUAACCCACACUAGCCAGCCAACUGCAAGAACCAUUUAUCCGUAUAGCGCGGGCGAUUUGAGCUCUAAUAUGGCCUCUGAGCCGAUCUAUCUUGGCACGAGCGGACAGCAGGGCGACCAAACCCUGGAGUGUACCAGUAUCAGAGACCCAGAACCGGCGAUUACAAUUAACACUCCGAGCGAUUUGGCCCUCGGGCAGACCGCCGUGUCAGCGUAUACUCCCUUCCCUACAGUCCCCACAGACUGGCCAGAUGGCCGUACCAUGGGACCCGGUUUCGUCCCUUGGAUGUGGGCUGAUGUUGACCCCUCAGUUGAUAUGUUUUCUAACUUGAACAUGGAUUCCAUCGACUUUAAUAUGGGCAUGGAUGACGAAGUGAACUGGUAUAAUUGGGUUGAAUCUGCUAAGGGUAUGGACUGGGAUACAAGGCCGAGCGGCCAUUGUCAGAUCUAGCUCCCUUUGGCGCAAACAGUAGUGAAUAGUGGCAAUUUGAAACUCUUGGGUAAUCAUAGCUGUAAGCACAUGCCUAGGGAUGAUGCUCCAUUCGAUUAGAUCACAAGCAUUAUGGACGGGGUCCAAGUAGUCGAGCUCCUGGGAAUCCCGCACAAAGAGCCAAUGUCUGCGGAUACAGGUCUGCGAACUCGCUGGAAAAAUCUCCAUGGAUAAGUAAUGUGCCGGUUGACCAAACAGCGCAAGCUGCACAAGGAAAUCCAGCAGCCGAGAACGCAGCAGUCGGGAGCGCCAUGCCGCAAAGAACACGGACGCCGAGAAUGGCAAGCCUCAGAGACAAGAAUAACCUCCAGCACAGCCACGGCCUGCUUUUGCGUCUCAUCUCCUCAUAGAUCCGAG